AAUGUUGUGUCCAGAAGUGUGGAAAUUCAAUCCUCCAGAAAUAAGUGAUAAAAUAAUAGAUGGUUCUUACAAAAAUGAAUCUGCAAAAAAGCAUGUCACGUAUACAAUUGGCAAACAUUACUUCAAUCAUCUGGUGUCUAUUGUUCUUCCCGAUACUGGAUCCCAGAGUUUACCUUCGGAGAUUAAUGAUUUGUUGACAAAAGAUUGUGAAUAUUAUAAGAUUGACAAUGUUAAAGUUGAAGAAUUUGUGAACCAUAACUUUACAAGGGGAUAUGUAAAUCAAGGUCAAUUACAUGUUCUAAGUAUAAACACUCAAAUUGACACAGACAAUUGUUUGGCUAUAACUCCAUGUGGAAAAUUAGUUUUGUCUUUAUUAAAAGAGACUUAUCAAGAAUUAGGACUAGAAGGAAAAUUAUCACAAUUUUGUAAAAAAGAAGAUUAUCGAUAUAUUGUCCAUAUAGAUCUGAAAUCUGAUUUAUUGACGCCUGGGAAGAAAUAUUAUGAUCGCGUUAAAUGGUGCCUUUCUAACAAUUUACAGCCUAUGUCGGUUAUUUUGGCUUGGAUUCCAAAUGAAAAAUCAAUUUGUCCAUCAUCCAUUGCAAGUUAUUUUGAUUCAUUAAAAUAUAAAGUUCAUUUAGGCCAACCAAAAUUUGAAUCUAGAACUAAUUAUAGCGUGCAAGUUCCAAUACUUGAUAUAAGCUCAAAUGUGAAAUAUUGUACAAAUGCUGAAUUAUUAGAAUGGAUAGGAAUUCAUAGCAUAGGUGCUAGUUUAGACAUGGAAAACUAUGAUUACUUAUCAAGCUAUCAAAUUCCGGAACAGAAUACCACAUUUGGCCAAGUAUUGUAUUUAAAAGCUACAGGAUUUUACUCGGCAUCACAGGUUUUAGAAAUAUUUGAUGCAAUUAGAUCAUAUUUAUCAUCCCGUCCACAUUUGCCUUGGAUAUCAUUACAUGUUCAAGGCUUUCAUGAUAGCCCAGUAAGCUGGGGAUUAAAAGAACAUCAAUUUUACACAAGUGGGGAUAAUUCUUACACAAUCGUCAUCAAACCAGAUGACCAAUUUAUUUUACAGACAAUUAUAAGUUCAAAUAAAAGACCUAAGUAA